AUGAGGGCCCUCGAGAAGGCCCUCAAGGAAGGCCUGAAGGAUGCCGAAUCUGAAGGAGAACUUGAAGCUGAGUUUCAAGGCGGAUCUCAAGAAACGAGUGAAGGGCUUCAGCUACCGGUUUGCAGAAAAUAUGCUGAGUGCCAUGCUUUCACCGUGCUGCACUUCUACAUGGUGGAGCGACAGAAAGAGGUCCAUCAAAUGCAAGUUGCAAAGCAGCAGCUCCGUUUGCUACGCGAGUUGAAGGAUGCAAAUGACGAGUCUGAGAAAGGAAAAAAGAAAAAGCUGAUUGAGAUUCUGGCUGAGCUGAAAGAUCUGAAAGAUCUUGUGAAAGCGAAAGGAAAGGCUGGAUCUGAAGGGUAA